AUGGCUGAAACUGAAGAAGCCAAAAUACCAAGCAAAGGUCUGGUCGCUGAAGAGCAUGAUUGGGCUGAUUCAGAUGACUCCGAUGAUGAGGAGUAUGUUGACACCAUGUGUCUCAUGGCUCUGACUGAUAAUGAUGUGAAACCUGAAAUCUCAAUUCCUCCAUCUGGUAUUACUUCUUCUAAGGAAAUGAAAAAGUGGUAUUUCGUUAAAGGAAAUGAUUACCACACUGAAAUGGACGCUGGAUCCUCCACAUCUCUCUCCAGCGACCCUUCAAAUUCCUCUGAAGCUAAAGUUGUUAGCUCAUCCUCAUCCUCUAAUAGCAUGUCUGAGACUUUCAAAAGAAGUAACGUUGCUGCUCCCUAUGACUAUAGCACGCCUCAGCGAGCUGAUCAUAUUAAACAGCAACCUCAGUCUAUCUCAUCUAAUUCUUUUCCUUCUAAAGUCUUAAGUGCUGAGGAAUCUCAGCAUGAACGCCUCAUGGAAAGACGUGUAAGGCAAGGGAGGUCUUCUACUCCAAAUCGAUCUUCUAGGUCCACCACUCCCAGUAGAGUUCUUCAAUCUAGGACUUCCUCUUCACAAACUAAUCUAAAACAAGCUUGGAGUGUGUUAAGAGGCUCACAAGUGGCCUCCUCUUCCACUCCUCGUCUAGAUGACCCCACUGGAAAAUCUCUCUUGGGUCCCCCUCCUCUCUCAAAGAAUUCUCGCAAGCAAAAAUCAAAGCUUAAGUCCAAGGCAAAGACCAAGGCUUCAACCUCUUCAGACCCUAAAAUUGUUGAACUUGCUCAACAAGUCAAUGACUUGUCCUCUCAACUCAAGGAAUUCCUUCUUAGCAAUCAACAAAGCAACUCCUCAAACAGGAAAUGCUAUCUCUGUGGCAUGAGAGGACAUAUUGCAACAGAUUGCUGUAAUUCAAGAGAUGCCCCUGAAGUGGUUGUGCAAACAAAUGCUCACACUUCAGCCUGUGCCUCUCUAACUGACCCUGUCUCAUCUUCCAUGAUUAGUGAGAGUCCUCUUAAUGAAUCUUUCUUCAUUGACACUGGGUCUGUCACUAAUUCUAUGGGGACUCAUCAAACUAAUCUUGCUAACUAUAUUGCCUCUCAAUGCAUUGAGAUUCCUCAUUCUCAGAAUGUCAUCUCCAAUUCGUGGGGACGACCAGCAAUGUUGGUUGAGUUCAGUGCUCCCAACGUUGUUAGCAACUCAGUGGUGCUUCAAGAAAGUGGGAAUAACAUGAUGCCCAGUGAUGAGAAUGAUAGAACUCACAUGCUUCCUGACUUAGGAAACCAUUUCACUCUUGAGGAAACUUUUUCCGCUGAGUCAUCCUCCACCACUGAUGCACCCAUCAUUAAUUCUACUGACACUCCUGUCGGUGAGUUUGAAAGUGGACCAAACUAA